AUGGCUACCUUGGACGACUUGCGGAAAGUGAUUCGAUCCUGCCCGGUCAUUGACAACCACGCGCAUAAUCUUCUUCUACCGUCGAAGCAAGAAGCCUACGACCUGCUCAGCGCAACAACAGAAGCUCAAGGAGACGCUCUCACAGAUACGCACACGUCGCUCUCGCACAUCCGUGCCGUACGCCAAUUACGCGAACUCUACGACCUCGACAAUGACGCACAAUGGGAAGACUUGAUGGAGAAGAGAGCAGACAUUCUGCACGGGAACUUUGAGAGCUUUCUGAGACGAUGCUUUACUGGAAUACACACCAUCCUCAUGGACGAUGGUCUCGACGAUACCACCGUCUAUCUCUACGACUGGCAUGACGACUUCAUCCUCGACAAGACUCUGCGUGUUGUUCGCAUUGAGACGGUGGCUGCAGACAUUCUUCGCGAGAUGUACAGGAAAGGCAAUCUGCCAAUCGGUCCAGCUUUGCACAACGAUGACAUGUGUGCUGAAGCCUGGAUCACUUUCCUACAAGCGUUUGAGUCUGCUAUCGUCACCGAGAUUAAUGAUCCCGACGUGGCAGGUUUCAAGUCCGUCAUCUGCUACCGUACUGGUCUGGACGUUAAGAUUGCCGGUGAUGUACAGGUAGCCACUAGCGGUCUUGAAGCCUUUCAGAGCGGUUAUCUUCCAGACUGCUCUCGGAAGGAUUUCCGUAUCGAGUCAAAGGGACUCAACGACAGUCUUGUCAUCUCGACUUGUCGUCUCCUGAGUGCAGCAGCCAAGCAGGACUCGAUAAGCAAGCCACUCCAGUUCCACACUGGACUCGGUGAUGCUGACAUCGACUUGCUCUUGUCGGAUCCUUCUCAUCUUCAGCCUCUCAUCACUGCCUUCCCGGAUGUACAGAUCAUCCUCCUCCACACAUCGUAUCCAUACAUGCGUCAGGCCGGCUACCUCGCAACAGUCUAUAAGAAUGUGUACCUCGACCUUGGCGAAGUCUUCCCUCAAGUCAGCAGGAACGGUCAAGAGACCAUCUUGCGUCAGUGCAUGGAGAUCACUCCUUUCUCGAAACUGCUCUUCUCCACCGACGCCCACCACUUUGGCGAAGUCUACUGGCUAGCACUGAAGCAAUUCAGACAAGCAUUUGAGAAGAUUCUAGUAGACUAUGUGGAAAACGAUGAUCUGUCAAUCGAGCAAGCCAUCGAUGCAGCCAAAGCCAUCUACUUCAACAACGCGAAGCGAGUGUACAAUCUGGACGUAGACCUUCCAGAGAUAGAACCAGUAAGACUCACAGAUGAACGCACAUCCCGAGACUAUCCGACAGGGAUGGAACAACCACGACGAACCAGGGCACAGAGCAACCGCGAAGCUAGAAUCAUGCAAGCUCCUCAGCCUUUACAAUUACCGUGGAGAGAACCUGAGGCACAUGAGAAGCCAUACGACCUUGAUGCAUUCACGAGAUUCACAACCCAAAAUUCUGACUUGAAGUUUGUCUAUGUACAAUGGCUUGACUAUCUUGCUACGUUGCGUGCUCGCAUGCUACCAAUUGCCGAGUACCGACGUCUCGUCACAGAAGGCGAAAGGAUAGGCAUUUCCCGAGGCAACACGGGUACCCUUCAGAAUGACCAUGUCACCUCGGCGGUCAGCUCCACCGGCCAACUUUACGUGGAGCCCGACAUGUCGACCUUGAGACUCACACACUCGAAAGAUCCACUUGCAUCUGCGACCACGAUAGCGUCCUUUGCCAAUGAAGAUGGCCGACCAUCCACCUGCUGCCCGAGAAACAGUCUCAAGAUACUGACAGAUCGCUUCUCAAACGAUCACAGUAUCGACCUUGUGGCUGGUUUCGAGAUCGAAGUCGUAUUCCUGGAAGUAGGUACGGAUGACCAAUACAUCCCAUGGACAACGAAUCACGCCUGGGGUACUUUCACCCCCGAACAAUUCGACAUUGCACUACCAGUGCUUGCAGAGAUUGCCGACGAGCUCGCAAACAUCGGCAUCAACAUUCAGCAAUUCCACUCCGAAUCUGGACCGGGACAAUACGAAUUCGUACUACCACCUCUGCCUAUCCUCCAAGCCAUCGACACACUUAUCCAAGCCCGUCAAGUCAUCCACCAAAUCGCUCGUCUCCACGGUCUACGCGCUACGCUUCACCCUGUCCCUCUCAAUUCCGUAGGCUCAGGUCAACAUGUCCAUCUCUCCCUGAAUUCCUCCACACAAUCCUCAGAAGACCUGGAGAAGAAAGAACUCUCCUUCUUCGCAGGUGUGUUAGAGCAUUUACCUUCGAUGUGUGCUUUCUUGCUGUCGAAUACUGCUAGUUAUGCACGUGUGAAGGAUAACAUGUGGACGAGUGGGGCUUGGGUGGCUUGGGGUACGCAGAAUCGUGAAACACCAUUGCGCAGGGUUAAACAAGGACGAUGGGAGAUCCGCUGUCUGGAUGGUUUCGCAAACCCCUACCUCGCUUUGUCCGCUCUGCUUGCCGCCGGUCUUGACGGUGUACAAGAGGGCAGGCAGAUGAAGAUGAAAGAUUGCACCGCCAAUCCUGCAGCACUGACCGACACCCAACGCGAGGAAUUGGGUAUUACGACAAAGAUGCCUGUAUCGCUUGAUGAGUCGCUGGAUGAACUUGAGAAGGACGAAGUGUUGAAGAGGGGUAUAGAUGAGAAAAUGAUUGGGGAUUUCAUUGUCAUGAAGAGAGCUGAAAAGGAAAUGCUCGAUGGGAUGGAAGAGAAGGAAAGGCAUGCCUGGUUGAUUGAGAGGUAUUGA